UUUUGAUUCACUUCCCAGGUUUAUUCAAAUACACAAUGAGCGGAAAAGCGACCACCUAUACGUUUUUGUUUUUGCUCACACUGAGUCUUUCACAAAAUGGUAACUGCAAGAAAGUUGUGAUCAUCGGGGCAGGUGUGAGUGGUUUAUCUGCUGCUCGAGUGUUAUUCGAAAAUGGUCAAUCGGAUGUUACUAUUCUCGAGGCAACUGACCGUAUUGGAGGACGAAUAUUUACAACAGAGUUUAAAGGUCAUAUGUAUGAACGUGGAGCUCAGUGGAUUCAUGGCGCGGAGGGAAAUCCUGUUUAUGAGUACCUACAUGAAGAUACAAAUCUUGAAGUAGAGAGAUGGGGUCGCUACUCUCCGGCAAAAGACUCCAAAUUUCAGUACUACAGUGGAAGACCUUUGACUCCAGCUAUAACAGAUCUGUUUUGGAAUUCUUCAGGACUUGUGGACUAUAUCGGGCUAGAAAUUGAAAGACUCAUUGAAUCAGUGGGUAAAAGUGAGGAGGAAGUGGCCAAUCUACCACUAGGAAACUUGGCAAGAAAAAUGUGGAGAAAAAAGUUUUUCAAACACUACAACAAACUUGGUCUCACUAGAGAAGAGAUCAACCCAGUUCUCAUGAACAAAUUUGGAUUACUUGAGAUCACUGACGGAGGACAUCCAAAUAUUGUUAAUUGUCUAGCGUGGUACCAAUAUGAAGAGUAUGGCGACAACGAUGUAAAAGUUUUGGAUGGAUACAUGAGUUUGCCAACAAAAUUGAGUGAAAAUAUUCCAAAAAGUGCAAUCAAGUUAAAUAGCAAAGUUCAAAGUAUACAGUGGAAUAAGGAAAACGAAAAUAGAGUCGCGAUAACGUAUGUAAAUCAAUUUAACAAGACUGAAGUAAUUCACGCUGAUAUGGUACUUGUGACGGUUUCAGUCGGCUGUCUCAAAAAAUAUCACAAAACUCUCUUUGAUCCAACUUUGCCAGAGAAUAAACAAGCCGCAUUAAAGAAGAUCGGUUUUGGCGCAAUCAACAAAAUGUUUCUCUUUUACGAAGAACCAUUCUGGGGCCCCGAAAAAUUUUCUGAAAGGUAUCUUUUAUGGGAUUCGUACGAUGAAUUAACUGACACAAUACCUGAAGACGAGUUUUCUAUCAAAAAUCAUUGGUGUCGUGGCGUAUAUAAAAUCACAAGCUACAAAACAAAUUUUCUUAUGCUUUGGAUUACUAAAAUGACCUCAAAUCGUAUACGUAAUAUACCUGAAAGUCAACUCAAAUUGACUGUUACAAAUUUGUUACGACGAUUCCUGAACAAUCCAAAACUAUCAGGACCUGAUGAUAUCAUAACCACCGAAUGGCAACGGGAUAAAAAUUUUCUUGGCACUUACAGUUAUCCGACAAUUGGACAAAUGUCAAGCCACCAGAAAAAAGUACGAGAACCUUUAUACGUUGACGAAACGCCAAGAGUAUUUUUUGCAGGAGAAGCGUUGAGUGUAAAUAGAUACAGCACGGUAGAUGGAGCAUUCUCGACAGGAAAAAGCGAAGGAGAAAGAAUCUUAAAGUUUAUGCAAGAAUAGAAGACGGUUUAUACAUUUACCUGAUCCUCACAAAAAAUCAUAUUAAAAUCGUAAUAUCUGAUAUGUAUUUGACUAGAUGUUCUGUUCAGAAUUAUUAAUUUUUCCAAAAUCACCAAAUCUAAAGAACUGAAUGUUUGCGACUUGUGAUGUAUUUUCAAAAAAUUGUAUCGAUAAAUGCACAAAA